AUGGACAUCCCCAUCAGCAGCAGAGACUUCCGCUGCCUGCAGCUGGCCUGUGUGGCCCUCGGCCUGGUGGCCGGCAGCAUCAUCAUCGGUGUGUCCGUGUCCAAAGCUGCAGCUGCCGUGGGUGGCAUCUUUAUUGGCGCCGCCGGUCUGGGGCUCGUCAUCUUGGCCUACCCCUUUCUAAAGGCUCGGUUCAACCUGGACCACAUCCUGCCUACCAUAGGGAGCCUGAGAAUCCACCCCCAUCCGGGGCCAGACCAUGGGGAGGGAAGAUCCAGCGCCAAUGGCAAUAAAGAGGGAGCCCGAAGCAGCCUGUCCACUGUGAGCAGAACACUGGAGAAGCUGAAGCCAGGGGGCCGGGGGACUGGGGAGGGCUGA